GAGGGCGGAGCCGCGCGAUCCCGGGCUCGGGGCGGGGGGCGGCCAUGGGCGGCUGAGGGGUGCCCAGUCCAGAAGCGGCCCGGGCCGGCGGCCAUGGCCGAGGACUACUGGGACUCGCCACCGCAGUAGCCGCCGCCAAGUGACUUCAGCCGUUUCCCCACCAUGGAUCGGAUGAAGAAGAUCAAGCGGCAGCUGUCCAUGACGCUGCGUGGGAGCCGGACAGCAGAGAAAAACCUCAAUGAGCCCAUCAACCUAGAGGAGAACAACAGCAGCGAUAAUGGCCCCACAGGGAAGAGCGUGCGCCCCAGCACCUCCCGCAGCGUCCACGCCCUCCUGCACCGCUACGCAGGCUCCUUCCGCAGGCCCCGACUGGCCGUCAGCCGCAGCCUGAGCGCCCACCUCAACCGCUCCGCCCGACUAGAAAUUGUCCACGAAGACCUCAAGAUGGGUUCAGAUGGUGAGAGCGACCAGGCGUCAGGGACAUCAUCUGAUGAGGUGCAAUCUCCAGUCCGAGUGCGCAUGAGGAACAACCCAGCGCGCAAGAUCUCCACCGAGGACAUUAACAAGCGCCUGUCACUUCCCGCUGAUAUCCGCCUGCCGGAAGGUUACCUCGAGAAGCUCACUCUAAACAGCCCCCUGUUUGACAAGCCCUUGAGCAGACGGUUACGGAGAGUCUCUUUGUCGGAGAUUGGCUUUGGGAAGCUGGAGACGUAUGUGAAGCUGGACAAGCUGGGAGAAGGGACGUACGCCACGGUCUACAAGGGGAAGAGUAAACUCACCGAUAACCUGGUGGCCUUGAAGGAGAUCCGUCUUGAGCACGAAGAAGGAGCACCUUGCACAGCCAUUCGGGAAGUUUCACUUCUGAAAGAUCUGAAACAUGCCAACAUUGUGACCCUGCAUGAUAUCAUCCAUACAGAGAAAUCCCUCACGCUUGUCUUCGAGUAUUUAGAUAAAGAUCUGAAACAGUAUCUUGACGACUGCGGCAAUGUAAUAAAUAUGCACAAUGUGAAGCUGUUCCUGUUCCAGCUGCUGCGUGGCCUCGCCUACUGCCACCGUCAGAAGGUGCUGCAUCGAGACCUCAAGCCCCAGAACUUGCUCAUUAAUGAGAGAGGGGAGCUCAAACUAGCAGAUUUUGGACUGGCCCGGGCAAAAUCCAUUCCCACCAAGACCUACUCCAAUGAAGUGGUGACACUUUGGUACCGACCCCCAGAUAUACUAUUGGGCUCGACAGAAUACUCCACCCAGAUUGACAUGUGGGGUGUGGGCUGCAUCUUCUAUGAGAUGUCCACAGGACGGCCGCUCUUCCCAGGCUCCACAGUUGAGGAGCAGCUGCACUUCAUCUUUCGGAUAUUGGGGACUCCCAAUGAAGAGACAUGGCCUGGAAUCCAGUCUAAUGAAGAAUUCCGAGCCUAUAAUUACCCUAAAUACCGUCCCGAGGCCCUCAUCAACCAUGCCCCAAGCAACGUCAAUAUUUGCACUAAAGGAGAUUCAGUUACAGAAAGAGACGGGCCUGAGAUCGGCUUCCCUGCCCGAAUCAGUGAAUGGGCAGAACGGACGACCAAGCCUGCUGCUUUGAAACCUGUGGAUUGGGGUUGGUGGGGGCAGGAGCUAAGACAGCUCCCCCACCCCGCGGACACUCCCGCUGCCGGCUUCUCCAUAUCAGACGGUGGAGCAAGGACUUGUGCUGGGAUUUCGUAGGGGUGAGGGCUGGGGGCAACGAUGCCAAGUAGAAGUGCAGCCUGCCCCAGCACCCGACAGCCAGGCACGGAUGCCCUCUGCUGCUGCGGAAUGGACUCCCCCCCCCCAACGUGGUGUUUCAUUUUAUUUUUUAAGUUUUAUUUUUUCAAUGCAAUACUAUAAAUAUUAUAUUUGCAAAUAUCUAUAGAGAGACACCCCUGCCCUCGCCUCUCCAUUUCUGGGGAGUGUACAGUAUUAACUACAAGGGAGCCCACCCCCCUCCCCACUUGGUUGGACCGGGGGAGAGAAGCACGGAGGAGGAGGGAGGAGAAGCAUGGGGCCCACUGUGUCUGGGUCCUAAUCCGCUGUAUAUCUUGGAGCUGUGAACAACGUCAGUGAUUUGGAAGAAGGGAAGCUCUUUUUUUCAUGUGAAUUUUCUGUCUCCCCCACCCCCAAGUCUCAAUCACCUUUCUGUGGACUUGGGGCAAGAUCUUUUCCCGUUGCGGAUACUUGUUUAGGAGUCCAAGUGUUGAACAGGCAAGCAGGUAUCCUCAAGGAACAGAACACAAUCCCAUCUUUUCCUAGCCAACUCGAUCCCUAUCAAGAUUAUUCAUCUGCCUGGCUUUUCUGCUACAGCGAGCCCCCCCCCCCACUGCUUCCAAUUAGAUCUGCCACUUACUUGCUCCUCCCGAUUUUCUCCUCACACCAAAGCCAAGUCCCAUGUUUUCUUCUCUUGCUUGUGUCUUCCUUUGGUCUUGAUUUGUGCCUCGCUUGGGCUCUCCCCACACCCUCAGUCCACGCUGUCAGUCUCGGCUGAGUUACUCCUGUCGACCGGUCAUGCCUCUUGCAUUGCUUGCUUAUACUCAGGGUUUGGUCUUCUUCCUUUGCCUUUGCUGGCCCUGUCCACCAGGAGCUUAAACACAGGUGCCAUUUAUUUCAACCAGGCAUGUGUAGGAGAAGUCCCUGGUGGGUUGGGCCUCAUCCACCCCCCACCCUCCAUUUCAUACUUACUUGUCCUGCAGUGCUUAGAUGAUCACUCUUCGUUGCUUGUUCCAUGUUUCCUGAAUCCAAACAGCUCUGUUUUUAAUGGUACUACCCAAACUCUUUGCUGAUAUAAUGACACUGAGGUGCCCUCCAGAUGUUACUGAACCCCAGCUCCCGUCAGCCCUGGCUAGAAUGGCCAGUGGUCAGGGACAAUGGGAGUUGUAGUCCGGCAGCAUCCGCAGAGCACCAUGUUGGACACUCCUUAGAUGGUCUUCGUGAAGAGAACCCUUGUCUUGGCCCCUAUUCCACUGUAUUUUCUUUCACAGAAGUCUGUGUCAGUGUCUGCAAGCUUAACACCUUCCCCCUUCUGUGUCACCUUUACUUAGUUGCUUCUCAGACUGUAAUCCAAUGACCAGGUCCUACUCUGUCCCACAUGAAAAGUAAACCAGUAGCUCUUCUGAGGCUCACCAACUUCCACUCCUUCACUCACAGGCCAGCCACUCAAGGGUUAAUGGGCCCUUGGCUCAGCUCUUUAUGCAGUGAUCUCAGAAGUCACUCAGUUCCUGCCCAAGGGCUAAGCCCAGCUUGUAUCAUCAGACACUGCUUGGCUAAGUCUUGACUCCAAUGACUUACUCAUCUCAGCUUCUCCUCUUGUUUUUUGCAACACAAAAGCAAGUGGUGCAGAACUGGUGGCCCUCUGGAAGCUGCUGGACUCCAGCUCUCAUCAGUCCCAGCCAGUGUGGCAAAUGAUGAGGGAUGAUGGGAGUUGUAGUCCAGGAAGAUCUAGAGGGCCACAGGUUCUCCAUCCCUGAAGCAAGCUAUCAGUUCCUGAAAGGCCAGUCAAUCCCAUAUCUCUCCUUACACUAAAUCUUCCUUUAAGCAAAUGAAACAUUGGAGAUUCCUGCUUGCCUGAGGGAUCUCCAAAGAUUUCGGCUCACUAUGCUUCCUACUCUGCUGCCGAGAGGUGCCUCAAGGGAAGAGGGAAAUGUCAGCCACACUUGUCCCCAGCUUACAAACCCCAACUGUAUUGCAGCUUCCCAGGUGGCUAGGACUGUUCUUUCCAGCUCAGGACAGAGGCCUGGGUGUGAAGAACUAAAGGGAGCAGAUCCAAAGGCUGCCCAUUUGCUCUCUCCAUGUUUCUGGACAAAGUGGCACCCGGCCUUCUCCCUUUGAUCACAGCAUAGAGUGAGUGAGUGAGUGUAUUUGUGUGUGUUUAUAUGUACAUAUGUAACCAUUUUUAUAUACAGCAUGAAGCACUUGUAAGUUUCACAAAUCUCCACCCUCCCACAAUGAGAGCCAUAAUAUUAUUAUUAGUAUUAUUCUGAUGAUGAUGAUGAUUACAACUAUUAUAACCCUCAGGCAACAUAAAAGAUAUCUGGGAAGGAGUCUCCUCCAUAGAGGAUAUGCCUUGGGCUGGAAUUCAAGAACUCCACAGCACAGGGGAAAUUCUGCUUGGCACCUGCCUGGGAGGGCAGACAGAUCUGAGAGCCCCCAGCAUGCAAGGCAUGGUCACCUGAUGCCAAAGGACAGCUGCUGUGAAUAGGCCAAGGCCAAGGGUGUCUUUACAAAGGGGACCCAAUAAGCAGGAAAUGCCAGCCCUUCGGAUCAGAGAACAGCAACAAAGGGUCUUUGUUUAGCCCAAUAACCUGCCUGAAUGACACCCCCCCCCCCGUUCCUUGCUUGUUCCAGUUUAGACUCCCAUUUCCAUUUAGUCUCUUCCAUCGGGUGCACCAUAAUUGUGCUGGGUGGGCCUGUUUCUGAAGCCCAUCCAAUCACAGUUGCCCUCUUCUUACCUGUUUCUUCCUUAAGAGCUGUGGUGAUGCAAAAAGCUCUUUCGACCUCUGAAUUCUUCAUCCAUCUCUGGGGUAUCAAUCCCAUUUCCCAUGGGAACUUCCAUUCAAGGCACAUGUGUUCUGUUGCACCUUUACUAUUACACAGUGAAGGCAGAAUGCUUUCCUGUGGUUUAGCCCUGGCUGUGGUUUGCUGCCUUAAUGCUGAUUAAGGUUCCAGGUAUCCAAUGAAACCUCUGUUGAAUUUGCCAAGCUAAAUCCUUCUCCCACGGGGUGCAUCUCAGUAAUAUGGAAAGAAAGGGGCAGGGAAACUGCCUUAACCAUGGUGUUCACUCAGUUCAGAUGUAACGGUUAGCUACUAAUAACAUAAACUGUUUUAUGAGCCCCACUACAAACCAUGGUUUCAGAUCUUGGUUUGCAGCCUAUCCCUAGCCAUGGUUUAGGUACUGAGACUAAACACUUAAUUGUGGUUGAGGACAAUGGACCAUGGUUAAUUAAGUGUUGGGUCUGCAUUGGGCCUGUGGGAGCUCCUUUUUCAGUGCAGCCUGGGUAGAAUAGUGGGGAGAGGCUGGCCAAAAUAUAUGGUGCCACUUUUUUGAGGGGGGUCCAAAAUCCAAUCUGAUUUGGUUCAUGGAACUGCUUUCCAUUUUGUCUGCUGUUGGCAGAUAAGGAGUGGGAUUCUAGAGUUCAGGGAACUGUAGCAAAAGGGGGACAUAGAUGUGCUGCACCCAUCCACUGGUGUCCCCCCCCCACUCAAAUAAGUGCCAGGGUUCUGAUUGGGCUAAAAUGUAAAGCCCCUUCCCCACCCCCGGAUUGAGAAUUCUCAGAGGUGAACAGGGGGGACAAAUGCCACAAGAAUUCAACCAGCAUAGAUUUCCUCUUGGGGCACAUCUGGGUAAGAACAUCUGGACUGGAUCUCUCUGUGUGAGAGGGAAACCCAAAACGAUGUAUUGGACAAUGAAUGUACAGAGGAUCUGGACUUUGCUUUUUUGUGUGUAGCGGGGGUAGGGGAGUUCCCCAGAAUUUGUUUCUGGGCUGGAGGUGAUAAACCACCCUUCCUUGGAGCAAACUGAAACCCUGGAGCAGAUAAUCAUUCACAUUUGGAGCGGACUUAUCUUCAUGUGCUUCCCUGCCCCCUUUGACAGAGUAGAUAUGGAGAUCAGUUGUCCUGGUACGGAAAAGGGAAUUCUUGUUCUUGUACAUAACUUGAAUUGAGGGAGCAGCCUUCUAUUUAUCAAAUAAGAAAUUUAUCAUUGCAGAAGAAAACUCCCUGCGGAAGGACAUGGGCAGACUUCUCUUUCCCAGGUGCUCCCUCUGCCCCUGUUCAGGGUGAACAAAUGCGCCAUAUUCAAAUGUACGGAACUGAAUAAAAAGUCUCCAACAA